UCAAUGGUACUCAAAAGUGAAAAAAACAUGAUUUCAUGAAAAAGCCAGUUUUGAUGACAUAAAGAAGAAACCCUCUUGGAGAAAUGGUCAUCAAUGUCUAGUACAAAAAGUUGGGGUGCUUGGUAUUUCAUAGAGUAAAUGUUUGAGUGGGUUUCUGUCAAUUUAUGCCCAUUCUCCCCUUGGGUUAACCAAGCCUGCUGUUUUUCAGGCAUUCUACGCGGUAUAGUUCAUUGAUGUUCGCCGGCCUUGGAAAAGUUCGUGUUGACAAAUGAACAGCAGGAGGAGCAAAUAGAGUAGAGUAGAGUAGAGAUUGUUGAGGCAUUUUAAUUACUCAACGAAAUCAUUGAUCAUGUACAUAUUGCCGUCUACAAAUUCUACAGCUGGCCUUUUCUCCUCUGUCUAAACUCUAAAACAUGCGUGAGUAGGAGAGAAUGCUGUUUGGAGUAUUUGGUUCAUAAGAUGUCAUAAUUCUUCAUGGCAAAGUGGAACUGCUUGUUUGGAUGUAGCAAAAAGCUAUCAACUUGCGAAGCAAAGCCCAAAAAUUUAAGGAGAUGGAGUUGUGGUCUUGGGGGGGUCAAGCAGAAACAGCAUGCGGCGCUUACAGAACCAAUCAGAACACUACGUGAAGCAAGAGAAGAACAGAGAAAGCAUGCAAUGACAGUGGCUGUUGCAACAGCAGCAGCUGCUGAGGCUGCAGUUGCUGCUGCUCAUGCUGCUGCCGAAGUUGUCAGGCUCACAGGUGCUUCUCGCUCCUACUCAUAUCUCUCCAAGGGAAACCGAAACUUGGCCGCUAGUAAAAUUCAAAGUGCAUACCGUGGACAUCUGGCCAGGAAAGCAUUUAGAGCACUGAAAGGAAUUAUCAGAUUGCAAGCUAUAGUUCGUGGUCGAGCUGUGAGGCGUCAAAUGGGUUUGCGUUCCAACAGAAAAAAGCAGGUAGGAAUCCAGGAAAGCAGUAGUCAUGCUGCAGAUAGAAUUAGCAAAGAUGCUAAAAGUAAGCAGCUUCCAAAGCAGAAAAAGAAGUUGGAAGAUACGGAAAUGAAGUUACAGCUUGAAUGCCAUAGUCAAAGAACUUGGGACUGCAGCUUGCACUCAAAAGAAGACAUUGAAGCUAUAUGGUUGAGAAAGCAAGAGGCUAUUAUUAAAAGAGAACGCAUGAAGCAGUACUCUUUCUCACAACGGGAGAGAAAAUUUUGCCACAUGGGGGUUGAAUCUGUUCCCUAUAAGGAAUUUAGAGGAGAGAGCUGCCGUACUCUAGGACAAUGGCUGCACAGAGAAAAAUGUAAUGGAGAUGUGAUUUAUGAAACAACAAUUCCUUCAAAUUUGAUUGCUAGGGAAUGGCGUGAUGCAACACAAGUUGAAGAGAAGAAUGUGAAAAUAGGAGAACAUCUGCAAGAAGACGACUUGACUUCAGUCACUUCACAGCUUUCAUUCCCAAGGAAAUCAUUUUCUUUUCUGAAGAAAAGUUCAGUUGUAGAUGGCAGUUCCAUGCCAAAUUCUCCAAUUUUCCCAACACUCUUGGGUGUGACAGAAUCUGUGAGAGGAAAGGCAAGGUCUAUGAGCACUCCGAGACAAAGAACAGGAUUUAUGGACAGAUUCUCGGAGUGAAGGCGGAACUUUCAGGAGUUCUUGUCAUGACGCAACGACGAGCGCCAAUGAAGAAAAUGAAGUUUCUCACCAGAGAUGUCAAAAUGUCAACCUCCACUAUUAUCGUUAGAAGUUGUUGAAACUGAUGCAUGUAA